UAUCGGCUGAUAGUUUCCGCGAAUCGCGUACAUCUAUUAUCUGAAGAUUCGACGACACGGCUGUUCCGAAACUCAUCGCGGGAAGAGUGUCGCAACCGCUGCGCUCGCGAAUGCGAGCGAUUUCCAGUUGGCAGAAUUUGUGGUGUAUGCGGUGGGUAGGUUCGCCGACGGCGUCCGUUCUCGUGCAACAAGGGACUGGGACAGUGGACAGUGAGAAUAAUUGGAGUUAGCGAGCACGGGCUACAGCUUCGUCGUAUUUGGCGAGCAGCUCAGUGGAAAGACGUCGAGGAAGCUCUAGCCGCAGCCGAGGAAGAAAAGGAAGAGCAGGAACAGCAGGAGGAGGAAGAGGAGGAGGAGGAGUAGGAGUAGGAAGUCGGAAUCAGAGUCCACGUUCUCGACGUCGCGUCCCGGAGGCGACCUCGGCGGCGGGUCCUCGUUUCGCGCUCUCAAGUACCGCUCUCGGCGCCGCCUCGCAGUUCCGCCGCUCUUCCGUAGUCUGCUGCGAGGCGCGACACGGCGCCCGCGUACGCGCCCGGCCGCAACGCCAGCGCAGACAUUGCGGAGACGAAGAGGUUAAGAGGACGGCACGAACGCGAGGACGCGCCGUCCAUCACCAUGAAGCUAGUCGACCAUGUGGUGCGUAGCUUUAAGGUGGCCAAGAUAUUCCGCGAGAACUCGGAUCGGAUAAAUAGUAUCGAUUUCUCGCCGAACGGCGACACGCUGAUCUCGUGUUCGGAGGACGACCAGAUCGUUAUCUAUGAUUGUGAGAAGGGCACGCAGGUGCGUACGGUGAAUUCGAAGAAGUACGGAGUCGACUUAAUACACUUCACCCACGCCAAGAACACCGCGAUACACAGCAGCACGAAGAUCGACGACACUAUUCGAUAUCUGAGCCUGCACGACAAUAAGUACAUACGAUACUUCCCGGGUCACACGAAGAAGGUAGUGUCGCUGUGCAUCAGCCCGAUCGAGGACACUUUCCUGUCAGGCUCAUUGGACAAGUCUCUGAGACUCUGGGAUCUACGCUCGCCAAAUUGUCACGGAGUGAUGAACGUUUCGGGACGACCGGUCGCGGCUUACGAUCCCGAGGGACUGAUCUUCGCCGCGGGCGUCAAUUCCGAAAGCAUCAAACUGUAUGACCUUCGUAGCUUCGAUAAGGGCCCCUUCGUCACCUUCAAGGUCUCGCAGGAGAAAGAGUGCGACUGGACUGGACUCAAGUUCAGCAGGGAUGGUAAGACCAUCCUUAUCUCCACCAACGGCAGCACGAUCCGCUUGAUCGACGCGUUCCACGGCACACCCCUACAGACUUUCACCGGCCAUCUCAAUAACAAGGGCAUCGCGAUCGAGGCUAGCUUCAGUCCAGACUCACAGUUCGUGUUCAGUGGCUCCACGGACGGCAGGGUGCACGUGUGGAACGCGGAGACUGGUUACAAAGUUUGCGUGUUGAACGGUGAUCAUCCAGCACCGGUGCAGUGUAUUCAAUUCAAUCCUAAAUAUAUGAUGCUGGCGUCAGCGUGCACCAACAUGGCUUUCUGGCUUCCCACUAUUGAGGAAAGCGCAUAAGACUCGCUUGCGAUCCAAUGCGGCGAUUGCCGUCGGCUAGAAGCGUUCUCUGCGAUUCAGGCGACGCAAAGAGAAGGAGAGAGCUGAAAACAACAGCUGGUCGGAAGAGGAGAGAGAGAGAGAGAGAGAGAGAGAGAGAGAGAGAGAGAGAGAGAGAGAGAGAGA